AUGUCCACCAAGAAGUCACAGACCGUCGGCUGUCUCCAUGAGGAGACCCGUCCCACUUCCCCAGGCAAAGUGCCCCUGACGCAAGACGCCGCCGCCGAUGCCGCUCAGCGAAUCGAGACGACACUAACUGUCAGGGAGGCCUUGCGGUACUACCGUAAGGCCAUUGCCUGGUCGCUCGCUGUAUCAACUGCUACCAUCAUGGAGUCGUACGACCUCAUGCUCAUCGGCUCGUUCUUCGCCUUUCCGCCCUUCCAACGCAAGUUUGGCGUCCAACUACCCAAUGGAUCCUGGUCCAUUCCAGCCCGGUGGCAGCUGGCUUUGGGCAUGGUCACCAAUUGCGGCUUGAUUCUUGGCGUAUUUGCCAACGGCUAUUGCGCCGACCGCUGGGGGUUCCGCAAAGUCUUGAUGGCCUCGCACGCGGCUCUCAUCGCCUUGAUCUUUAUUAACUUUUUCGCGCCCUCUGUGGAGGUUCUGACGGCUGGCACGUUUCUGAUCUCCAUUCCUUGCGGCUUCUUCGCUGCCGCGACGCCCUCGUAUGCUGCUGAGAUCACGCCGCUCAGGCUGUCUGGAUAUGCCACCGUCUACGUGAACCUGUGUUGGGUCAUGGGUAAGCUCAUCGCCUUUGGGGUCCUCGCCGGCCUCCUCUCCAACCCGACCGAAUGGGCCUAUCGCCUGCCCUUUGCCCUGCAAUGGGUUGCCCCGGUGCCGUUGCUCGCGGCGACCUAUUUUGCCCCCGAGUCGCCCUGGUGGCUCGUUCGCAAGGGCCGCAGCGACGAGGCUGAGGUCGUUGUGCGCCGCCUCCUCUCGGCGCCUGAGGAGGUCAUCAACCCGCGGGACAUGGUGGCCAUGAUGGCACGCACGAUACGCACGGAGAAAGAGAUGAGCAUCCAUGGGUCGUGGGCCGACUGCUUCCGCGGCGACAAUUUGCGGCGAACGGAGAUCUCCAUGAUCAGCUGGGGCUGUCAGAUACUGCCGGGAUUCGCGGUGCAGAACUACAUUACCUAUUUCUUCACGCUGGCCGGGCUGUCGCCAGCCGACUCGUUCUACAUGUCGAUCGGCAACGCAAGUCUCGCUUUCGUCGGCACGGUCACGUCCUUCUUCCUCAUGACGAAACUCGGCUGGCGUACCGUCUACCUCGCCGGUCUCGCCGCCAUGCUCCCGCUCAUGUCCCUCGUCGGCUUUCUCGCGCUGGCACCCGCUAAUCCGGCUGUUCGCUGGGCGCAGUCAGCUCUCCUACUCAUCUGGUUCCUCGUCUACGGUCUAUCCAUCGGCCCCAUUCCUUACGGCAUCGCCGCCGCCGUCGGUGCCACCAAUCUGCGGGUCAAGACCAUCUCGCUGGGCAGGAACACAUAUUACAUCUUGAACAUAGUCAACACGGUCGUGGCUCCCUACUUGCUGAACCCUCAGGAGGCGAAUCUGCAGGGCAAAGCGGCGUUCCCGGCGGCAGGCUUGACGCUGAUGCUCGCGGUAUGGGCGUGGUUCAGACUGCCUGAGCUGAAAGGACUGACGGGCGAGACGCUGGACAGUCUGUUCGAGAGAAAGGUUCCGGCAAGACAGUUUCUGAAGGCGGCAAAGGAGCUGCAGCACGUGCGGUAG